GCUCGGUUACUAAGCAUGCACGCUUUGCGCGCUGAAUUAAGAUGGCGGCAGCUAGAGGAGGAACAUGGAGGCCGUACAAGGAACUUCUUGCGACGGUAGAACGAGCUGCUUUGUACAAGAAAACUCCAGAAGUUUUUCAUGAACUAGAGGUUGCAUUGGAUAAAUUCAAUCCAGAUUUUAUCACUUUGCUUAAAAAUCCGGCAAAAAAUACAGACCACCGAGAGCAAUUGAAGAGAGCCCCCACUAAUGGUCUUCAACUUGCUGGCUUUACAGAGAAACAGAAGCUUCCUGAGCAGUUUGUCAAGGAGGCCCUCAUUCUUAGUGACAGUCUUGAACUGAAUGAGUUUGUGUGUGUUGAGUUACUUCUUGCUGGUGAACAGCAGCAACCCAACUUUCCUGGCCUAACCAGAGGUUUGGUGGCAGUGCUCUUGUAUCAUGAUGGGAGGAGAUGUUUAAUUAGUGCCUUAAGAACAUUGAUACAGUCUAGAGAGGGAAUAACAUGGACGUUGGGCCUCUAUGAAGAGAUGACACAGUUAGUAACGACAUUCACUGAUGAACUUUUGAAAGAAGGAUUGGUUAGAACAAUUCUUCACCAACUUGAGCAUCUUGACGUUCAAAAUGAACUUGACAAGUUGGAGAGAGGACAAGCCAUAGGUGAUGAACGUCACAAACAACAACUUAUUGACUUUAUCACAGAUCAAAGACAACUCUUGGCUGAAUGUCUCUUUUGCUUUGCUUGCCAAUCACCGCUAUCAAAAAGUGACUGUCUACAACUGUUGUCUUUUCUCAAGAAAUGUCCCUCUACAGAUGCAGAUGGCUCACUUGACAGUGUCACUCUAACUCUGUUGAUGGCCAUGUUGUACUGUUUAAAUGUUGAUCCUCUGGAUGAAGCAGCAGACAUGCAAGGGUCUUUUCAAGAGGAAAUGUUCCCUUUGUUGACGGACCACAGCUUUAUUCCAGAGUUUCAUCUGGAAAUCAAACAGCAGGGAACAUGGGAAAACCAAGGGAUGUGUGCAUGUGUCCGUUUUGCUUGGGCUCUGGUACUACGAACCUGCAGCCAGUGGCCUAAUAUUGUUGGAGCAGUAGAGGUACUGGAGAAAGAUGAAGAGGAGUUAGAUCUGGCAGUGCAAGAAAACGUUUUGAGUUUCCUUCGGCACUCUGUGGUACGAGCCACCAAUUUUCACCAGGAGGAAUACUUUGUCCAACGCUUACACUCACUUGUGACUGGAUUUAUUGUUAAGAUGCCUUUAAAGGUUAAAGAACUUCGCAACCAUGGUGAUGAAGUGGCACGUAUUCUUCAGGCUCACUUGCAAGAUGGUGUGGAGCCCCCUGCUGGUUUGCUGAGACACUUUGAAGAUUUGAUGAGAAUGAUUGGAGAACUUUAUGAGAAUGAUUCACUUGGUCUUGAACUGGCUGUAGAUUUCUGGUGUCCUUUGGAUGCAAGCUCUUUCACACCAUUUUCACCUUACGACUCAUCAAGAAUUUCACCAAGCUUCAGACCUCAUGCAUCACAGAAGCAAGUGAGCCUCUACAAGUUUGUGCGGCUGGCUGGAGAUUUAUUGCCUGCUCCACUUUUUGUCCCAUACAUUGAAAUGCUGUGUGGUCUCUCAAACAGCCCUCAGGCUGCUCAUCACUGCUUCAACUUGCUCAAAUCCACAGCAAAUGGUCCUCUGUCUUGGGAUCACUUCUUUGCUUCUGUUAAACAGUAUUACAUGGAUCUAAGACAGGAUGGUGCAAACACAGUGAUGAUGUAUGGUGGCUUGCAACGAGAAACAGGUCAGGUUCACAGACCACGCCCAACAAACCGUAACAUAACACCUGAGGAAUUGGAAGGGCUGGAGGCAGUGUUAAAACUUACAGAGAGAAUUGCUGAUCAGGAUGAAAUAGCCCGCCUUACAAUGUGUGAAAGUCAAGCGUGGCUUCCCAUUGCGUCCCUGUUUGGCCUACUUGGUUGCCCUGUACCUCUAAGGCUAAAGGCACAGAUUCUUUCAACACUUGCUGCAUUUGCAAAGUCUCCUGAAAUUGCUUCCUCUUUGUGGCAUACCCUAGAAUUAUCACAGAUAUUACAGACAGUCCAAACAGCUGGCCAAGCUGCACAGCAAGGUGGAAUACAGGUGGAAUUGAAUGAGCUUGAAGCACGCAGUGAGACCUACCCUGAGACUAGAGCAUUCCUGAAGCUGCUGACAAAUCUUACAGAUAUUCCACUACCAGCAAACUUGGGAGCAGGCUACAGAGUGCCUGGGUUUGAACCAUACCUGGCGUUCCUGCGGGAUGAGGUGUUUCUUAAGUUCAAUUCACGAGGAUACCAAGAUCCCCAUGAUUGCUGAAUGUUAUUGAUGGUGCUUCAUCUUCACUUGAAUAUCUUUCCGUUACAUCAGAGGGAAGAGAACAUCUGGAAAAAGCGGCAUUGCUCUGCCUGAGAAUGAUUGAAAUUUCCUUGGAAAAACAAGAGAAGUUUGUGGACUUAUAUCGCAGCGUAGCACAACAGUCAACGGUGAUGAUUUCACCUUUGGAGGAAUUGCUGCUUAGCGUUAAUCCACAGACAGGCUCUCCCGACUACCUGCUUAAAAUCAUGAAGUUUGUUUCUCAUCUUCACACUGGAGCUGAACUCAGCCUAUCUGUUGUUAAGAUUUUGUGUUUGGUCUGCCGGUCAAUAACCGUUCAGAGACACUUGGUGAAUCUCCUGACUGCUAAUCAGGCUGCCGCUCAGAAAAUACUCAUUGGAUUUGUUGAUCAGCUAGAUAUCAAUGAACCUGAAGAAAAUCUUGGCAAAGAUGAGCAAGAACUAAGAAAUGAAUUCUUAGAUGAGAACUCGUUUGGAUUGUCACAAAUUCGCAACGCUGUGAGGCAAAAUAUUCUGAGAUUAGUUCUUUAUUCUCUUCAACACCCUUCGCCCAAUCUGGCUCAUUUUUUGAUGGGCUAUGAGCUCAGAAAACCUGUGUCCAAGACCAAUCUUCAGGAUCCUGGUGUUCUUGGUGCUUCAAAGACUUGUCUCCACGCAGUACUAGACAUUCUGAACAGAGAGGUGGAUACACAUCGUGGCCCUUCGUGUGUUACAGACGCUCCAAAAUUCACCGAGCUCGCAUAUCAGCUUGUUUACAAUCUAUGUGCCAAUAAGGAUACUGCAAUCCCGACUCUGCGCUAUCUGAGAACAAGCCAUGAUUUCCUGUACCAGCACCUUCAACACUUACCUUUUAGGAAUCUUGCAAAUAUGAACAUGGGCGAAGGACAGCCUCCUGUUCCAAUGCUUACCAUCGUCAAUCAGCAGUCCUGGCUUCUGAAGACUGCUGCCAUCGAGCUGAGGAUGACAGCUCAAGGCCGACAAAGAUCACAUACCCAGAGGCUCCUGACGCUCUUGAUGGGCGAGCCAUCAGCUCAGACGUUGAUGGGUAUGACGCACUUCCCAGAGGUAGUUCCAAGGAGGUUGGAGGAUGAUUUUACCGCAGCUGACACCAGCCAUGGAGGGUAUCCUGGUAUGGGACAGACGCAGACUAGGCGGAAGCUUCUAGCCAUUCUUGAGUCUGUAGAGUUCUGUCAGGAUGUGCCUCCACUCUUACAGUUGAAUUAUUUUGAUAUGGCUGUCACUGAGGAGGCCAUUGCUUCCUGUGAACAGAAGGCGGAGGAUGGUGGUGUGACGCUCUGUAAUAUUCCCGUUCUUCAUAAACUACUAAUGAGUGAGAUAAUUGGGGCACAGGGCACUGCUACAGCUGGACAGAGAAACUUCUUGUUGCAGGAAGUUAAAGACAUUCUUCAUAAUGUCGUGCUGCGGAACAAGGUACGAGAGAGUUUGCACAUUAAGAAGGAAGCAUUUGAAGCUUGGAGACGGGUUAUAGAAGUGACUCUGGCCUCGUGUUCUGUUGAUAUCUUACCAAGAGAUACAAGGCAGACUAUUAUAUCUGAAGUACUACAGGAUUUACUCUCUAAGAUUGCAGAUGAGAAUGCUCUGCCUGAACUGACAUCACCUGUAUCCGGGGUUAUCUUAACUCUCCUUGCGCAUUUACGUCAGUCUACCAUUCCCACAGCCCCCUUAUCCACAUCCGGUGUUGACAGCACCGGAGCAGGCAGACCUGUUCAUCCUCAAGCUGGGAGCUCUCUUCCCGUUGGUCCAUCUGUAGCCAUCUUAAAGGGUUUGAUAGAGACCGUCUUGCGGUGUGGAGGAGGAUUGCAGCGGGUCAGGGCAAACCUGUACGCUGCGCUGCUGUACUUCAUGCAGACAGCGCCAGAGUCCGAAUCAACUGAAGAAAGAGGUGUCAUGAAAAACGUAUUAUCUUUAUAUCCCGGCCAGCCAUGGGACACCAGUAUUCUACCAGUGUUGUCUAGUUAUGGUGAACCAUUCAUGGACACAGUCUGUAGAGAUUCUUGUGAUGGACACGAUGUUGGCCGGAUGUUAGCGUUUUCCCUUCUUGAUGCAAUAAUUGCUGUUGACUGGCAACACCGUUGGUUGAAUUACCUCAACCUCAAAGGCUACCUCAAGCACAUGGUGGACGGCUUGGCUCACGAGGACCAUAUGCUGCAAUCAAUGUUGGACCCAUCCCCAGAGCCCCUUAAGGCUUUGUAUAUCUAUGAGUCCAAGAUGGCCCUACUAACCCGAGUGGCACAGUCUGCGGAUGGUGCUAAGGUCCUUCUUCAAGCGGGGCUAUUAUCACGCCUGGCAGAAUGUGCCUUUUUGGAUCACAAACCCGAACAUGACACCGCUCAAAGGCUAAUGACCAGUGGCAUUUACGCUCAUGAUCACGAUACAAGCGCUGUCCUCUACGACUCAUUCGUGCCCACAGUGUUAGAGAGAUACAGACAGUUAUUGACCCCUGCCUUAAAAGUAUCACUGGCAAUGCUGACAUCCCUGGGGUCACAUAAUCACAAAGAAGUAGCUUCUAAGGUUUUACACUUUGUCGUGUCACAUGUGGACGUUUUUGUCAGCAUUCUUCAAGACAGACAGCCUUUCCAAUCAUCCGGGUCAUUAAAGGAACUCUGUCUCGUCACAGGAAUUGUGAGCAACAUGGCACUCACUGAGGAUGCCCUCAUUGCCGACGACGACCUGGGUCAAGAGCAAAUCCAACUUAGAGGACCCCUAGCAAGGAUCGAACGUCUCAUGAUUGGUUUGUUGCCGAGAUAUUGUUCAAGCGAUAGUUGGGAGAAGAUCAUCAAAUCCGUAAUGGAGAAAAACGGUGAGGAACCUGGCGCUAAGUACAGUUUGGUCGCCAUGGAAACGACCGAAAAGUUGCAAAGAAUCUGCUCAAAUGUUAUUGGUUACUGUAGAACGGUCAUGGAUUCAUAUGGUACGGUUCCCUCUCAUUGUCAUGCGCUGUUUUCACCAAGUUUGACGGACUCUUUAGCACGUGAUUCUCGCCUCACUAGAGAAGCCAUUCGUUCCUCAACUGUGGUGUCUUUCCGCCUUCAAGUCAGCCUUGGUCUACCUGUGACUUUCAUGAAGAAGUGUUGCGAUCAAGUCUUUCAGACGGCUGAGUUGUUGUCACAGACGCGUGUGAAGCUGCAAAAUGUGACCGAGUUGACGAGUGAAGAACUAAGAGAGUUAAACCAAGUUCAACACGGUGGAGCUGUUCAAGAGAGAUUGUCAACACAGCAACGUCACCAACUGGCACAGAAAUGUCUUACUCAAGUUGUACAGUACAAGACGCAGGAGAUUUCUGCUCAGUUGUACAUUAUUGAGAAUUGUUUGUUUAUUCUAUGGCGUCACCUCGAUUUCUACUUUUUGCGCUGCAUCCCGUCGGAUGAAGAACGACGCAUUCUCGCUGGACCGCCGCUGAUCAGCAGUCAAAUGAGACGAUUACAUGAGAGACAGUCGCUUACGGAAGCUUCAGUAACAUCAGAUCCUGCUUCAGAAGCAAUAAGAUCUAGAGAAAGUGUGACACGAGAGGAUAUUGACGCUCUCAAGAGAGAGGCAGCUAGUAUCCUUACAGAGACAUUUUUGAAGAAACUCGUUGAGAUUGAACAGACGCACGGAAAAGGAAGAACGCGGGUUGGAUUUAUCCAAGUUCUCGUCCGACGUAUCAAAGGACUCCUCACGAUUCAUGGGGCGCCUGCACGCUCCGAGAUGACCAGCGGAUUACGUUAAAAAGACAUUGGAACAAAGUGUCUGCGAACUUAUUCAUUGUUCAUUGCUUACUUGUCAAAUGUGUUUUCCUGGACUUUGCAAUCGGUUUACAACUGUUUUUGCAUGUUGUCUGGGUAGUUUUCAAGAACAAAUAGAAGAGUCGUUCAAGUUUUGUAUUAUCAAGAGCAGUGUUAGCCCACAGCUAUUAAUCUUUAACAGAUUUGCGGACUCCCACGACAUCAUGACUUGACAACCUAGAAUGCAUGAUUGACUUUUAUUGUCUGGUUAAGCUCACACAAACAGAUUUGUACAGUUGGGACGUGGAGGGGGAAGUAGAUUCAAGUGCGAAGCGCGAUAGGUAUGAUUCGAACGACUGCACUUGACUCACAUCGAAACUUGACUCCAUUCAAUCAACUUUGUACGCCGGGCAUACAGCUAAUGUCUCAUUAGAUCGACGACUUUUUUCUCUAUUCCCUAACCCCCCUUUUUUACAGCAGUGAGUUGUAGUCUUUAUUCGGUAAUGAGCUUUUGUAAGAAUUUAGAACUGCUUUUUCAAGUCAGAUCUUUCUUUGAAAUUGAACUAGCAGAAGCUCAUCGUAGGUUUUGUACCUCUGUAUAGAAUCACAUUGUUUUUACGCACACUUUAAAAUAGCGAGGAAUAAAGGCAUAAAUAGAAGUUUUCCCUACAGGAAGUGUAAGGCUUCAUCAGCGGGAGAGUGAAAAGGUUACUAGA